AUGGAAAACAACAAGUUGAAGGUCAGCACUGAUGAGGAUGAUUUCUGGGGAAUAUUGAGUGGAAGCGAUGGGUCUGAGGAAGACGAGAUCAGCGUGCUAUUUAAGUCAAAAGUGUCAGAGAAGGUUGUUGAGAGUGAUCAAGAUGUAUGCAGGGAAGUGGAAAGUAGCGAGGCGAUAGAAGAUCAGUAUUCAUGCAGGGAAGACCAAGCAACUGAAAUAAUGCAACAAAUGCAAGUAAGUGAUGAGAUGGAGAGUCAAGACAUAUGCAAUGAAGAACAACCGAGUGAGAUAAUCGAAGAGCAAGAUAUAUCCAGUGAAGAUCAAGCAAGUGAGAUAAUGGAAGAAAUGGAAACCAAUGAGAUAAUACAAACAAACUUUGCGAUCAAACAAAUUAUAAGUGAAGAAGUAGAUAUUGAAGCUAUGGAUGAUAUGAACGUUGAAGUGUGUUUGGAGCGGUUGGAUGAUGCGGAGAAGAAUACAGAAACUAUCAUUGAGUCUUUAUAUGAGGAGAAUGAUGCAAUUGAUAUGGCAUGGACAAAAGUAACUAAAAAGAUGAAUGUAGAUGUUGAAGAUAGCCAAAAGACAUGUUCAGUUGAUGACAUGGGUCUUAUUUGGGAUGACGAUGAAGAGUUUGUUUUUGGAGCAAGCACGGAUAGCAUGAAGAUUAUUGAGCAGAAUAAGGUAAUUAAUGAGCCUCAGAAGAUGGAAGUAGAUUAUGAGUAUAUAAUUGAUUCGAAUGAUAAAUACAAAAUGAUGAACGAAGUAUGCGAGAGUAUGCAUGAAGAACCGAUUUACAAUGCAUUAAUGAAUGAGAAUGACGAAAUGUACCACGAUGAAGCUAAGGAAGAGAGUGUUGUAGAGCUUGAUAUAAACAAUGAAGAGAAUGGAAUACAAGCAAGUGAUGAGGAUAUUCAUGGAAAUCAGGAUGUUGGAGUAAAUGAUAAAUAUAAUGAGCAUGAUACAGUAAAUGCAAUACAAACAGAAAUUAAAGAUGAUGUAUUGAAUAAGCAUGAUGAGAUUUGGAAUGCGAGCAAUAAUAAGUGUAUCCGCACUGUGCCUUCAUGCAAGAAAAUGAAUAUUAUGAUGCCUAAGCCGUUAGUGAAGUUUAUUUGUGGGACGGUCUUUACAGUGUGGAAAUCAUCGCAGAAGAGAUUUAACAUGCAAGGAGAGGCUGUUAUGACAAGCAUCAAUGUUUCUCAAUGUUAUCGACUUGAUUAUGUUAUACGAGGUAUAAAGCGGUCUGAGUUUGAAGCUAGGAUGAAUGAAGAGAGUGUUAGAGAGUACAGAGAUAUUUAUAGUCUUUUGAGACUCAAAAACCCAUGUGUAGAAUCUAUUGCAAAUAUUGUGUGGAGCAUGAAACCUGUAUAUUGUGAAAGUGAUAUUUGUUGGAAAGUGGAAGCAGAAUGCAUAAAUGAGUUUUUCAGACUAUGUUUUGUUGACGAGGACAAGGCGUUUGAAUAUGCUUUGGAGAAGGAGAUGUGGGGUUUUGGGAUUAUGCUGCCUAACAGAGGGCAAGAGAUGAAGAAGAAGGCUAUUGAGAGAAUGAUGAAACCUUCAUGCAUUCCGCUUGUAUCUGCUGCAAUAGGUGAACCGUAUUCAUGCUUGAAGGUGUCUGGAGAAUGGAAGAAGUACAUCAGGGAAGUUCUGCAGCUCAAAAACUGUGAGGUCUGCCACAACUUUAUUAUGGAAGUGUAUAAUUGUGGAGUAACAGAUGCAUUGUUUGUGGUGCUUGCAUGCCACAUUGUUGGUAUAGCUGAUGCAAGUAAAUAUCUGUGGAUGUUUAGCAAGAACUUUGAUGCAAUAGGAGCAUUAUGCUAUGCCGAGGGUGUCGGUAAGCCUAUACAGGAUCUUGAUAUUUUAAAAUAUGAAUUUGUUUGUGUGGGAAUGGAGUUUGACAAGGUUAGAGCUGAGGAAUAUUUUAAUGCAAACAAAAAAUGUUUUAGGAAAGAGCUGGCAGCUAAUUUUGGACCUCAACUUGACAGUAAGUGGAGCUUUGGAUUGAAGAGUGUCUUUGAUUUUGGAAUCAAAAAGAUUCUUAAUGUGGAUAGCUUUGAAGAGAGUCCAUCAGAGAUACCGAUCAGGCACGGAGGGUUACAAAUGCCAAUGGCUAAAAGUUGCUUUAAUGGAAACUCUUUAUCAUUGAAAGAGAUUGAGAAAUCCUUACAUGUAUAUGAUGAGCAAGAAAGUGUUGGCUUGAUUGGAACGGAACAGAGUACUUGCAGCAAUGAAAAAAUAGUAGAAGAGAGUUCAAAGAGACCUGCAGCCUUGACUAGUAAUAACGAGAAUGUGCCAUUACAAACGCCUUGUGUAUCUAGUCAAAGUAAAAUUGAAAGUAAGAACGAAAAAGAUAAGUUAUUUGUGGAUGAGAGUCCAAAAAGCUUUGCGGAUUUUUUUGACGAGCAGAAUGCAGCUUGUCCGGAAGAUUUGAAAGAUGCAGGAGCGUUUCUUUCUAAGUAUGCAAUUGAGGAGGAUACAGUAGAAACAAAGGAAGAGAAGGCUCCGAAGAAGGCUGGAGGAUCUUCAUUUUUUGGGUUUCUGAGUAUGUUUAAGAAGGAAUCUAUUCACAAGGUUAACAUUGAUGUUGAUGAUGAUUUCAAGUAUGAUCCAAUCGAGAAGAAGUGGGUUGGUGGAACAACGAAGACAAAUGGAGGAGAGACACCGGUGAUGAGAUCAAGAUCGAUACCGAAGCCUAGUUCUGGAGGAGCAAGUGAACAAUCCACAGAGAAGGCUGAUGAAAGUGUAAUAUUUGCUUAUGCUAACAGACGAAGAGUGGAUGGGAAGGGAAUUCCAGGGACAUUUAAUAGAGAUGUUGAUGGAUGA